UUCCUUUUAUAGGCAGCGUCGAAGUUAAGACAUUGCAUUUACAAGCAUCUUGGACGACGAAAUUAUUGAAAUACAAAAGUAGACCUUGUCUUAAUUAUGAAACACGAAUUUUCCUAAUUGGAUCUCGAUCAUAGUAAACUUCAAGUCCCAUAAUGGAUUAGGAUUUCUUGCCAAAUAGAUAUAGUUUUUCUUCGCUACACCAGAAGUGAUAAGAAGUACUGAAUACGGCUUGAUUCGUGGCGAACUGAAAACCAGUGAAAUUGACCAAAAUGUCCAGUAUUACAGCUUCAUGAGCGUGCCCUACGCAAGCCCACCGAUAGGCCAUUUACGUUUCCAGGAACCCGUCAAACACGAAGCAUGGCAGGGAGUAAGAAACGCAACAAAACUCCCCGAUCGUUGCGCGCAACCUGAUCAAUAUUUUUUAACACUUGCCGUUCUCGGAAGCGAAGACUGUCUUUAUCUCGAAAUUUCGGAACCCCUCACCUCACGAAACGGAUCAAAGGAAUUGCUACCAGUCCUGCUGUGGAUCCAUGGAGGAACUUUCGUUUUCGGGGCCCCACAUGUUAGUGGACCAGAUUACUUCGUGGAGAAACCAGUCGUCUACAUUAACGUACAAUACCGGCUUAAUAUCUUCGGUUUUCUCAGUACCACAGAUGAAUGCGCCACCGGUAACUUUGGCCUCAAGGAUCAACUGCUCGCGCUUCACUGGAUACAGCGCAACGUCAAGAACUUCGGCGGGGAUCCUAAUCGAGUUACGAUUUCUGGUGCAAGUGCAGGAGCGGCAUCCGUAAUACUCCACUGUUUGUCGCCAAAAAGCCAAGGUCUCUUUCACAGAGCGAUUAGUUUAAGUGGAACACCUCUAAAUCGAUGGGCGUUGCAACGAAACCCGCUGGAAAAAAUGCGCAGGUUAGCAAAAGGUUUAGGGAUAGACUCUGACAAUACCAGCAUUAUUGUGGAAGAGCUUCGGCGUGUAGACUAUAGGGUUUUAGUAAAAACCGUGUACAACAAGUCAAUCAUGGGUGAUUUCAUACCGUACGAUGCCCAUUCAUUUGCACCAAGCGUUGAGGCCGAGGGACCCACUGCUUUUAUUACGGAAAGAGCGUUUAAAUUGCUAGAUGAAGGGAAAUUUGCGAAAGUACCGCACAUAAUUGGGCACACAACUGAAGAAGGAUCCUUUGCAUAUGACUAUAUUCACUCCGGGACUACUAAUCUUCACUUGUACGAAACAUCGCCGGAAAUCCUAAUUCCAUCAUCAAUGAACAUCCCACGCGAUUCAGCAUGUUCUAAAAAAACCUUGGACGAGGUGAAAACGUUUUAUUUUCACAACAAGACCGUAACUGACCCUUUCAGUUGGACAAAGUACAUGAGUCAAGAUUUGUUUACUAGAGGAAUUGCAAAAACUGCACAACUUUUGGCGAAGAAAGCCGACGUAUACUACUACAUACUUUCUUAUAACGGAAGCAGACCAAUGUCCUACCAUGGUGGGGUUGGCCACUAUGAAGACAUAUUGUACUUAUUUUAUGUCCGAAAUAGAUGGACUAACGUUAGAACUCCCUUAGAUGACUUGAUUCGUAAGCGACUGGUGACGAUUUGGACCAAUUUCGUUACAACCGGCAAUCCGACGCCGUACUCGGAUCCUCUACUUCAAAACGUUACUUGGCCGAAAUUUGACGAGGAAGAGUCUUUUUUGGACAUCAACAAAGAUCUGACAAUCGGCCAAGCACCCGAAAGGGCAGAUCGAGAUUUCUGGAAGGAACUUUUCAGAAAAUGCGGCUCUGAACCUUACCAUACGUAUUAAUGGAAAUUCUGAGCUGUAAAAACACAAACCUUGUGUAAAUGACCAAAGAAAUAUACGUCAGAAGAAUUC